AUGUACUAUAAGGGUAGAGACAAGUCCAAGUGGUGUGAAUUCCAUGACGAUUACGGCCACAAAACAGAUGAUUGCAAAGACCUUAAGGACGGGAUUGAAGACCUCAUCAGGAGAGGUUAUUUCACCCAGUACCAAGCAAGGACUGAUCGCAAAACUCCUCCUAGGGAGGACGAAAAUAGUAACAAAAGGCCGGUAAAGGAUAGGAUCACUGAGAUCCAUGUCAUAAGCGGAGGACCGACAAGAGGCGGCAGCAUUCACGGGGCGAAAGCUAGCCUAAAAGAAGUUCGCCACCAGGUGAACUACAACAAUGCCAGGAAGUGGCCGGCACCUCCAUCAAUGCCGUCCGUGGCUUUUACUUCAGAGGACGCUAAAGGGAUCGUUUAUCCCCAUGACGACCCUUUGGUAGUAUCUCUGCAGAUAUCCAAUGCAAUGGUCCAUCACGUCUUGGUUGACGGAGGAAGCUCCGCCAAUAUUCUCUACAAAGAGACGUUUGAAAAAAUGGGCUUUGAUGAAACAUGUUUGAAGCCGGUCUCUUACCCAGUUAUCGGUUUCACAGGAGCAUCUGUUGUCCCAGAAGGGACGGUAAAGCUGGCUGUCAAAAUAGGACAAGGAUCCCGUUCCAAGGACCUCAUGGUGAGUUCCUGGUUGUAG